AUGUCCCGUCGUCUCAAGACAUGUCUUUUGAAACUCACAAAGUCACCAAGUAAAAAGCUCCCACGUCCAUUGCUGGAGACGAUUGAGAAACAAAAAGCCCUUGAAGAAUCGUUUGGUUUCACGCAAUACCCUGAUCCAAAAGUUGAUGCAUUCAUGAAAAAGAUGAAUCCUAUAAGGAAGAAACAGAUGAUUACUAAACUUCAUCCAGCUGGACUGUAUGGUAUGAGAGCAAAGGAGGAUUUCCAGAGGAAAAAGAUACAUAAAGGCCAUAAUAAAGAAACCAAACUCAUUAAACAGGCACAACGGAUUACCUUAUCUCCAUUAAGACUACAAGAUGAACUAUUUCAAAGAUACAAAGGGAUACGGUAUAAUAUUUAUAAAAAAGACUUGCUUGAAAAUUCAGUUACGCUGUUUGUUGAUGAUAUAAGUGAUACUGCAAGUGAUGUGAAUUAUCAAAAUAAGAUCCAGACACCAAUUUUACAAUUAGAUGCUUCAAUACAGUUUAAAACAGUGUAUUCAUCUAUAUACAAGAAAGUUUUGAAACAUGAUCCCAUUCUAAAAGAUUUGGUAGGGAAAAUAGAGGCUCCUAAAAUAUUGAAACCUUUUGGGCAAGAACGUCCAACUUUUAAAACAAUCCAUAUACCCAAUAAUUCAGUCAAUUUUGCAGCUAAUGCCAUUGAAUUUUUACAAAAAGAGAAAAAUGCAUAUAAAUUAUUUGGAGUUUAUGUUAGUUUGAAAAAAUCCCCAAAGAUUUCUGAAGAAUUGGUUCAAAUUUUGCAAAGUUUUAAUGAUACAUCAACACCUUCAACGAGCACAUACGAUAAUUUAUUGAAGAUAGCUAAAGAAUCACAAUCCACAGCAAAUGCCACCACAAAGAGAUUAUUGACCACACUUGGAGAAGCUGAUUUACUGAGCGUGAGCAUCAAAGAUGAGAGUAUCACAUUUACAAAACCUACAUCAACUGCUCAGGAAAAGAAUGAGAUAUGGAAGGCAGAUUGA